CACUGCUGGACCUUCGUAUAGGAUGCCUUCAGAGGACAAUCGCAAGCAGAGACAGCAGUAGCUGCAGCAUCAGCAGCGUUAAGUGGGGAGAAGAGAUCCGAUUCCGGCUGCAGGCUCGUGGCUGCUGUGUUGUUUCUCACUGAGCUACGCGCUCUGGUCUGUCUGUAGAAACCCUUCCCUUAGUGAACCCAGUGAGCUGGUGCCGCAGGUUGCAGAGAUGGACUCGGAGUCGAGCGAGCUGAGUGAUGGGGAGCUGCUGUCAGGACAAGAAAGCUUUAGUUCAAAGAGUUUUGCACUACAAGCCCAGAAGAAGAUACUCAGCAAGAUGGCAACAAAAACUGUAGCAAAUAUGCUCAUCGAUGACACGAGCAGUGAAAUUCUUGAUGAACUCUACAAAGUCAUAAUGAAGUACACAAAAAGUAAAAAGGAAGCUCACAAAAUUAUGAAGAACGUCAUCAAGAUUGCAGUAAAAAUUGGCAUUCUCAACAGGAACAACCAAUUCAAUCAAGCAGAAAUGGAAAUAAUCGACAAAUUCAAAAAGAAGAUGAAUCAAGCAGCCAUGACAGUUGUAAGCUUUUAUGAGGUAGAGUAUACCUUUGACAGAAGAAUUAUUUCUGGACUCUUAAAUGAAUGCAAGGAGCUAUUACACGAUUUAGUGGCAAGACACCUUACACCUAAAUCUCACGGUCGUAUUGACCAUAUUUUCAGUCAUUUUGCAGAUAUGGAGUUUCUGUCUGCUCUGUAUGCCCAUGAGAGUGAUUACCAGCCUCACCUUAAAAAGAUAUGUGAAGGAAUCAACAAACUCCUUGAUGAAGGUGUCUUGUAAAUUUAUCCAAUGAAGGACAAUCCAAAUCCUGUUGUCGCCAGUAUUCACUAAUUCUAACAGUAUAUCAGAGGAACAGUCAUCCAACAGCUCUCUUUUUUUGUUAUUUAGAUUUGUUAUUUAGAUUAUCUCCCGUACCUAAUCAAAUCAUCUUGUGUCUGAUAUCAUAAUUAAAUCUCCAAAUUCUCAGUGGCAUUCCAGUUUUAGCUGAGUUUGUAGAAGUUCUGUAGUACUGAAAUACUAAUGGUGUGUUCCUUUGGUAAGGCAAACUUCCUGCUAUUAAAUGUAAUGUUAUUUCCUGUAAUACAGACAAUACUGUCAUGUAUUUAGUACACAGAAAGUAUUCUAGAAUAAAUGAAACCCUAUGUUUCAGUGAAUAGCAGUAACCUUAUUUUCCCUGAUAUUAUCUGUAUUAUAUAAUAAGAGGAAUUUUGCAAGGAAUUCAGUGAAAAAAGCUGAGCUGAGUGACUACUAAAACAAAAGCUGCAGUCUCAGUUAUAUAGCAUGGCAAUGCCAUACAAUGGAGUCAUGUAUAAAGUCUUGUUUGCUGUAAAUGUGAAAUAUGUGUGACAAUCUUCAGUUAUGUGAAGAUAAUAUUUUCUAACAAUAAAGACAUUUUCUUUGUAGUAAA